AUGGCUUCGCAACAGCCCAUACCGAGCACACCGGGAUCAGGCCCUAAUCCCCACCCUCUGUCCGCUCUGGUCGCAGCACUCGCUACGCCAUCUCAGCAACAGCCCCUUGCAGCAUUUUUACCUCAGAUACAAACCAACCCCAUGCUAGGGCUUCUAUUGCAAUCUCAGGCUUUGGGUCAGACUUCUGCGCUCCAGCAACUUUUGAAUCCGCUCGGUGUGAUGUCCGGAGCAAUGCAUGUCAAUUCGGAGUCUCUCCUUCAGCAGUUGGUCAUGCUUCUUGCUCAGACUCCGGCAGUUCCGACUGCAGGAGCGCAAACACAAGGAUUGCAGGCUGCUACAAGUACACAGGCCCAAGGGACCCCGACUCAGAGAGAGCAGACCCCAGGUGAUACUGCGAAACUCGACACACUCGCGGGUAAAUCACAGGGUGAUGAGCAGAUUUGCAUAGAUGCUCUCAUAUCGCGUAGAGCCAAAGGCCUGAGUGCUCGCCAAGUUCUAGAAGCUCUGCACGGGGUCAACAACCACACCGCUGGCUCUUGGAAGGACUACUAUCUCGAGAACCAAGAUCAUAUUGAUGCUCGGAUUGCAGACCAGAAGUCGAGAGAGCAGACAAUCGCGAGUUCCAAAACGCCUGUCCCUCCAGCGGCACCACAAGCGAGGGAUGCCGGUUCGACAUCACAAUCGCGCAUGACAGCUUCGCGGGCGAACGUGGAGCCCGUAGAGCAGCGCUUACCGACAUCAGUGCGUCAACAAACCGCUAUGGUAAUCAAGUCAACCAAGUCCCGCGAGAAGCAAUCCGAGGCGCAGACAUCUCGUUCGCGCAAACCGAACUCAAGUAAAAUUACUCGCUCUCACGUGUCGGAUAAAUUGCUUAAUAUCCCCCCGCCGCCGUCACGUUCACCGACCCCGCCACCAUGUCCGAAUAUGAAUGUGCGAGGCAAGGGGGUCUCCGAUGUCGAGACAGAUUAUUUGGUCAGAUCAAUACAAUGGCAGCUGCAACAGAAUCCAUCAGCCUCGCUCCAUUCCAUGGCUCGGCGAUUAGCAGACAAGCUGCCAACCCGCUCGUGCAACGGCUGGAUAUGGGUUAUCGGCAAGACGUAUCGCAAGACUGUCGACCAGCUGAUAAUUCAAGCUGGGGGUCAAGAAGAAGAAUCCGAGCCUGAGAGCGAGGACGACCAGGACGACCAGGACGGCGCGGACGACGAAGACGACGGAUGGGAUGACCAGGAAUUGGAAUAUCCUCCGAGCGACGAUGGCGAGAAUGAGCACCCCGAUUCCAAACCUGCAGAACUCGGCGCUGAAGAUGUAAAUGUGGUCAGCCCAGCUAACAAGCAAGCACAGAUUCGAGCGGAGCGCAUAGCUAUCGACAUACAUUUCGUGGCGAAAUUCCUUGCUGAUUCGGGUCUUUGGGAGAGUGAUUGUCCGAGAAUGGUGGUAUGGAGAGAGUUGGAGGCGAAGAACCACGACCGCUCCGCCAAAUCAUGGGCCGAGUUCUACCGCAGACAUCGCUUAGACGUCGACUAUCGGAUUCUCGAAUACAAACAAGCAUCCGUGCCCCAACACGAGGACGAGGGAGCAGAUGACUCAGAAACAGAUGCUGCCUCUGUCAGCAUGCAUAAACGGAAGCGGCUUGAAGAAUCUUCGCGCAAGCCAUCAGAGUCCCACUCAAUACCGCUUGCCAAAAAACCAAAAUUAGGGGAGAAUGAAAUUCUCCGCGUGACGCGGCGAGACAAGUUCUUGAUGCAAGCCCCGAUCAUCCAGGAGGUUGAUGUACUCCAGGCUCAAGUUGGGAUAUGGUUGUUUGCACAGCCUAAGGUUCUCCGCACGCCUUCAAUUCGUGGCGGCAUGUCGUCUGAGCCAUCACAAAGUGGACAUGUCCGAAUAGUGGGCUCAUUAGCCGGCAUUGGCAGUGGCCUCACGAAGGUUGCCGUUGGCCACGGCUUUGACACUAUCAAAACACGUCUUCAAUGCUCCCCUCCAGGCACGUAUCGCAAUGCAGUUGACUGCUUCUUGCAGAUCAUCCGCAAGGAGUCCGCAUUCGCAUUGUACAAGGGAGCGACCCCGCCAGCGGUAGGCUGGGCAGCUAUUGAUUCCGUUCUACUGGGCUCCCUACACAACUACCGUCUCUUUCUUAUCCGCCACAACAUGACCGAGCCUGUUUUAGGCAGCGACCAGAGACGGCUUACACUCCUGGGGCAUGGUGUUGCUGUAUUUCUGCCACUCGCAUUCGCGUUGAAAACAUCGCAAAACAGCGCUUUCCUUGCCACCCCAAUGGAGAUGCUGAAAGUCAAGCUGCAAAUGCAACAUCAAAAGGCCGUUGCAGAUCGGCAAUAUAAGGGACCCAUAGACUGCGCGCGACAAGUUGUGCGAAGUCAAGGCGUACUAGGCCUAUGGACAGGGUUCACCGGCAGUCUAGCGUUCCGAAGCAAUUUCUUAUGGAUGUUCAUGUCAUUUGAGAUGCUCAUGCGCGGCUUCGCAUCGUACAAGGGAACACCGUACGAGAUUAGCGUGCCUUUUGCUAAUUUCCUGUCAGGGGGCCUAGCCUCAUUUGCAUUUUGGACGAUGGCUAUGCCCGCUGAUAAUAUCAAAAACCGCAUGAUGGCCACCCCGCCUACUCAACUUCGACCGUCGUUCAUCGGUGUUGUGCGCAGAAUAUACGUUGAGGCAGGGCCACGCGGCUUCUACCGCGGCCUCGGGCCUUCUUUCGCGCGUGCGUUCCCAACGAACGCAUGCGCCCUGUGGGUGUACGAGGGUCUCAUGCGACUUCUGGGCGCAGAAAAGGUCGGUGACAUACCACAUGCUGAUGUCAAUCCAGAUGCCUGA